UCUCUCCCUUUAGAAUUUUCUCCUAAACUUUUCAUAUAAAAGAGUAUAUACUUAUAGUGUUUUUAUAUACAACUUAAGCUCCAAAGAACAAAAUCAUAUAUACAUACAAGUAUCAUGGAGAAGAAAACUGAUGCAAACUAUGAGCAAGAAGUGAUAAAUUACAGAGGAAUUAAAGCCAUGCCUUUUAUCAUUGGAAAUGAGACGUUUGAGAAGCUUGGCACAGUUGGGUCCGCGACGAACCUUGUGGUGUAUCUGACGACAGUUUUCAACAUGAAGAGUGUAACAGCCACCACUGUAAUCAACAUCUUUAAUGGUACUGCAAGUAUAGCUACCUUGGUUGGAGCCUUCCUUUCCGAUACUUAUUUCGGACGUUACAACUCCAUAGCUUUUGCUUCUGUUGCUUCUUUCUUGGGAAUGAUGGUAUUGAUGCUAACAGCAGCUAUUCCCAAUUUGCAUCCACCAAAGUGUAUAGCAGAAGAGAAUAAAAACUGCACAAGGCCAACACCUGGGCAAUUAGCUUUCCUGUUAAGCGCCUUCGGAUUCCUAGUCAUCGGUGCCGGUGGUAUUAGACCCUGCAAUCUAGCCUUUGGAGCUGACCAAUUCAAUCCCAACACUGAAUCAGGCAAAAAAGGCAUCAGUAGCUUUGUCAAUUGGUACUACAUGACCUACACAUUUGCAGUAAUGGUCUCUGUCACAGCCAUUGUGUAUGUGCAAUCUGAUGUUGAUUGGGCUAUUGGGUUAGCUAUCCCUGCAUUUCUAAUGUUCCUUUCUUGUACUGUUUUCUUUCUGGGUACAAGAAUUUAUGUCAUUGUUCAACCUCAAGGUAGCCCCCUGACAAGUGUAGUUCAAGUGCUCGUCGCUGCUGCUAAGAAACGGAACCUAAAGAUUCCGGAAAAUGUUGAAUUUUCGCUCUUCGAUUACAUUCCUCCCGGGUCUUUGAAUUCCAAGCUUUCUCAUACAACUCAGUUUAGUUUCCUUGACAAGGCAGCAAUCCUUACGAGCCAAGAAGGCGAAAUCAACUCCGACGGAUCAGCUUUGAAUCCGUGGAGGCUUUCGAGUAUCCAACAGGUUGAAGAAGCAAAAUGUUGGGUAAGAGUAAUCCCAAUAUGGUCAUCAGCCAUAAUUUUCAAUAUUCCGAUAGUACAACAACAGACAUAUGCAGUUCUUCAAGCACUUCAACUAGACAGAAGCUUAGGCAACAGUAACUUCAAAAUGCCUGCUGCAACCUAUGUCAUCUUUACUAUGCUAACGUUAACUAUCUGGAUUCCUAUCUACGACAGAAUUCUAGUCCCGUAUCUUCAGAAGCUCACGGGGAAAGACGGUGGAUUCACAUUGCUUCAAAGAAUGGGGAUCGGUAUGGUUCUUUCAAUUCUCUGUAUGCUGGUUUCAGGGUUGGUAGAAGAGCACAGGAAAAACCUUGCAAUUACUAGGGAAACACUAGGAAUAGCACCGAAAGGCGGUUCUAUAUCAUCAAUGUCCGGUAUGUGGCUAGUUCCACAACUUGCACUCGCAGGACUAGCCGAAGGUUUCAGCUACGUUGCUCAGAUUGAGUUUUACCACAAGCAAUUCCCCGAAAACAUGCGGAGCAUUGCGCAGUCAUUCUUCUUUGUUAGCCAUGCACUUUCAAGUUAUCUAAGCGGGUUCCUUGUUUCUAUUGUUCACCAAAUUACUGUAGGGACAGAGAGUGGAGAUUGGUUGGCAGAGGAUCUUAACAAGGGAAAAUUAGAUUACUUUUAUUACAUGAUUGGUGGGUUUGGGAUUCUUAACUUUGUUUAUUUCCUGGUAGCUGCGAAAUGGUAUAGAUACAGAAGUAUUACUUUUAUUACAUGAUUGGUGGGUUUGGGAUUCUUAA